AUGGACGAGUUCCGUCGCCCGCUCCCGGGCCCGGCCAGCCCGGCGGCCGCCGAUGCUGCCCACCGCGCAUCCUCGGCAGCAGCAGCCUCGGUGUCGAGCCCCCGUGGAGGAGGAAGUAUCGGCGAAUCACGGAAAAGAAGCUUCAGCUCCGCCGAUCAUCAGUCGCCUCUGUCCGACGAGCAGCAGCAGCUCAGCGGGCCCGGUGCUGCCGCCAACCGCCGCAAGUCGCAGAAAGUGAGCCGCGCAUGCGACUUUUGCAAGCAGCGCAAGGCCAAGUGUAGCGGGACCAUUCCCUGCGACAAGUGUACGCGCAAGGGCCUCACCUGCGUCUACGAUGCCAAGUACUCCCGUGGAAGACCUCCAACGCCGCCUCCAUCUGCUGUUUGGUCUGCAAGCUCUAGCACCUCUCACCCUGGCGGCCCGGCGUCUGGCUCUGAGGAGCCUCCUGUCAUGUAUCAGACAACCGAGACAGGGGGACGCACUAUAUCCGCACCGGUAACAGCAUCCUCGUUGCGCGGCCAGGUGCGCGAGAGCCAGGGCCCAGCCUCAAGAGCCUCGCCCGAGCUUGGCAUGGCCGAGAUCCAGGGCCAGGUCUUCGACCCGACUUCGGGCGUCACUUUCCUUCACCGAGCCUGGAAGAGGCUGUCUAAACACGACAGCAGCAUUGUGCCCGACUAUCUCAACGCUUCAACGGAGAAUCAGCCACUCAUGCUGGCUGGUGACAAGCCUCUGCCGCCAAUCACUGACGACGAUGUCGCCAACUUCUCAUUGCCCAGUUACGGAGAGCUCCAGCAACUGUUUGGCAUGUACUUCGACGUCUGUAUUGCCACGUAUCGUGUUCUGCAUCGACCGACGGCGGAGUCCUGGCUCAAGACAAUGGUGAAUAAUCUCGCUCAGGGCAAACCUGUUUGGCAUGACAUCGGCCGCGCCAAGGCAUCCAUCGUACUUACGGCCCUCGCCGUGGCCACCGCUCACAGCGAGAAGUCCAAGGGCUUCCACGAGCCAGAAGAUGAAAGGCUAUCUCUCGCAAGGAGCGAUCGUCUAUUCUGCGUCGCACUCCAGUUGACCGAGCGUGAAACCGGCCUACCCAGGGUGGAAUCCGCGCAAUCUCGUCUCAUUCAGGUGCUCUAUCUACUCACAACCUCUCGGAUGAACAGAGCGUGGUAUACAUUCGGGAACGCACUGCAAAUAAUAUCCGCCCUCGGAAUGCAUCGAAAAGCUGCGAAGAAGCGGCACUUGGCUGCGGGAAACUCAGACUACAUCCAGGCCCAAUGUCGGUCGCGAACAUUCUGGACAGCUUACGUACUUGAUAAGUAUCUGGGCGUGAUAUUCGGUCGACCAAGGCAUUUCCACGACGAUGAUAUUGACCAAGACUUUCCCGAACGAGUUGACGACGAAGACAUGACUGCGCAGGGGCCCAUUGAACGCUUCGAAGAGCAUUCAGAUUGUCAUAUUGACGCCCUGAUAUGUCAUGUAAAAAUUGCGCAAAUAAUCGGCAACACGUCGAGGGAAGUCUACUCUAUCAAGGCCAUCUCGGAACAAGAACGAGUUGCCGCCGCACAUCGCUUCAGCGAGAAGAUCCACGAAUGGCGCGCCAGCCUUCCACCACACCUGGGUUCGAUAAGACCUUCGAUGCUGAUCCCCAGCUUCCGUCGCCAGUCCACUGUGCUGAAACUGGCCUACUCACAUGCGAUCAUGCAUGCAAAUCGUCUGUUUCUCCUGGGUAAUAUCAGUUCUGGCAGCGAGACACAGAUCUUGGAAUGUCUCGGCGCAGCGCGGACGGUACUGGAGACUGUUGACGGCAUGGCCGCAGAAGGGCCCAUCUUCCACGCUUUCUGGUGGACUCAAUACGUCACGUUCUGCGCCCUACUUGUAACAUACGUUUGGGACAUACAGCAAAAGCGCCGGGGUAUCUCGCUCGAGAGUGAAGGCAAGAUAAAGCAUGCGAAGCUCAUGGACCUCGCUGAGCGUUGCCAAACACACCUCGCUCAUGCAACGGCAUCUAAUUCUCCAAGUCGGCGAUAUGCCAUAAUCCUGGAAGAGUUCAGAACGGAAGGCCUGGGACAGAUGACACGGAAAAACAACGGACAACCUCCCAUGGCCUCGCAAGCUGCAGCACCUCGACCAGCUGCUCCCGCUGCGGACACCCAGACACAGCUACCCCAACCUCAUGGAAACGGCACGACCACGGUGGGCGGAUUCGACUUCAACUCCGCAUACGCUGCCGGAUCUGGAACAGUCGAUCUCAUGGACCAAGGAGACCCAGGGCUCCUCGGUUCCAACCUACUAGACGAGUGGCAAACGACGGAUUGGCUAGACCUCGACUCCUCAGCAUUUGGUCCGUACUUGGACAUUGACGCAAACCCGUACGCGUGGAUGCCGGAUAUAGGUGGAUGA